AUAAUAAUUAAAAUUUAAGCAAACAACAAAUUAUAAUAAUUUGUCCAAAUUUGUGAUUCGCCAAAUAUUAAAAAAAUGUUCAUCAAUCUGGAAACACUUUGUGGAUUCGUAAUAGUGCUUAUUGCGUUUUAUUAUUAUUUAACGAUUAACAACAAUUUCUGGAAAAAUCGUGGCAUACCUGGACCAAAACCCACCAUUGGUUUCGGAAAUAUGUGGACAGUAAUGUUUGGAAAGGAAUCGUUUUCACAAUUGCUUACUACGAUAUACAAUAAAUAUAAGGACGAACCGAUGAUUGGGAUAUUUUUUAGAAGAAGGCCUGUCCUGCUCCUCAAAGAUUUUGAUCUCAUCAAAGAUGUUUUGAUUAAAGAUUUUUCCAAAUUCGCGAAUCGAGGAUUUUUAAAAACGAAUCCAAAAGUUCCGUUGACUAACCACCUUUUCGCUCUGGAAGUGAAAAGAUGGCGACCGCUGAGGAAUCAUCUCUCCCCGGUAUUUACAUCGGGCAAACUGAAAGGAACGUUCGCGCAAAUUCUUAACUGCUCCAAUGAUCUUGUGACUCAUAUAGACACUUUAUCGAAGAUGGAAGACUCUAUAAACAUGCGUGAAGUUGCUGCCAAAUUCACCACCGACGUAAUCGGAAGCUGCGUCUUUGGGAUCAAGAUGAAUUCAUUGUCGGAAAUAGAGAAUGAAUUCCGUCGAAUUGGUAGAAACAUAUUUGCCACUAAUUUUACAAAUAUAUUGAAGAUUAGGUUGCUACAAAGCACGCCCUUCCUUCAUUCCUUGCUCUGCAAAAUAUUGCCCGACGAGGAAAUGGAAAUGUUUAUGAGAAUUACCAAGGAGACGAUGGAAUAUAGAGAGAAGAACAACCUCGUCAGGCCGGAUUUUAUGAAUAUACUUCUGGAGCUUAAGAAACACCCCGAAAGGAUUGCUGAUAUUGAAUUAACGGAUGAUCUGUUAGCCGCACAAGCAUAUAUUUUCUUUGCGGCUGGUUUCGAAACCUCUUCGACGACAAUAUCCAACGCUCUGUACGAAUUAGCUUUGAAUCACGAUAUGCAAGACAAAUUGCGAGAAGAAAUUAAGGAAUUCGAGGCAAAGAAUGACGGAGAGUGGAGGUAUGAAACCAUUAAAGAGAUGCAAUAUCUGGGAAAAAUAUUUCAAGAAACGUUAAGAAAGUAUCCAGCAUUGUCAUUUUUGAGCAGGGAAUCAAUCAUCGACGAUUAUACAUUUCGCGAUACUAAAUUAACGAUUUCCAAAGGUACAUUGGUCUGGAUACCCGUUUUUCCCAUUCAUCACGAUCCAAAUAUUUAUCCAGACCCAGAAAAGUUUGAUCCUGAACGAUUUACCGAGGAUAAGAUAAAGGAAAGGAAUCUCAUGCACUACUUCCCUUUUGGACACGGGCCAAGAAACUGUAUAGGUGCACGUUUUGCAAUCUAUCAAACAAAAAUUGGUCUGAUAAAAAUCCUCCGUAAUUACAAGGUUGAUGUUUGCUCUAAAACAUUAAUUCCUUAUAAAUAUGAUCCAUUUUCGUUUAUCUUAGUACCGUUAGGCGGCUUGUAUUUGAAAAUAACCAGGAUACAAGAUUGAAUAUUUAUUAUUAUUUAUAUAAAUAUUUAUAU